AUGUCAGAAGAGAUUAACGAAAAUUCUACCGAAUCAACUCUAAUAAAUAUAUAUCAUAGUUCACGUAUUAAGGAUCGCAGAAGCAUAUUUGUUGCUCAUGCAAAAAGAGUAGAAACCAAGCAAGAAGUUGAUAAUUUUUUAAGCUAUAUAAAAUCCGAAGAAAAAAACGCGACACACAAUGUACUGGCCUUUCGGUUAGAAUCUUCAGACGGAACUAUCGUUGAAGAAAGCGAUGAUGAUGGUGAGAAAUAUGCCGGGGAACGCAUCUUGAAUCUUCUUAAAACAUUGGACGCAAAGAAUGUGGCUGUAAUUGUUACACGAUGGUUUGGUGGAAUUUCGCUUGGUCCUGUUAGAUUUGAACAUAUUAUAAAAUGCACUAGAGAAGUUUUGGAUCAAGGUCCUUUUUUAAAUAAUAAUGGAUCCAAAUCUUCAUCAUCAAGGCGACCGACUUCGUCGAAUGCCAUUCUUGUAAAUGGAUGUCAGCGUGGCAAUCCAAUCCUGCAAUUCAUCCGCAAUGUAUCAUGGGAAUAUAGCGAAAUUGCACCAGAUUAUUUAUUAGGACAAACAACGUGUGCAUUAUUUCUUAGUCUUAAGUAUCAUCGUCUUCAUCCUGAAUAUAUUUUUAACAGAAUGGAAAAACUUGCCCAUCAAUAUAUAUUAAGAAUUUUGUUAAUUCUUGUUGAUAUUGAAUCCCAUCAGGAAUCAAUUCGUGAACUUACAAAAAUUUGCAUUAUUAACAAUUUUACAAUAAUAUUGGCAUGGAGUCAAGAGGAAGCGGGAAGAUAUCUUGAAACAUACAAAAUGUUUGAAUAUAAAACACCUGAAAUAAUUAUGGAAAAAAUUGAAAACGAUUAUUUAGCAAAGCUGACACAUUGCUUGACACAAAUAAAAUCUGUAAAUAAAACUGAUGUCGUCACUCUAGCAUCAUCAUUUGGGUCUCUUAAACGGAUUAUAAAUACUUCGUCGGAUGAACUUGCCGUUUGUCCCGGUCUAGGUGAACAGAAGAUCAAGAGAAUAAAAGAAGCAUUUGAAAGACCUUUUUUAACACAUAAAAGUUGA